CGGAGGCGGGGCGCGCGUGGGCCAGGCCUUGCAAGCGCUCCGGCAAGCUCGUCCAGGCUCUAGCGAGCGCUCGCCCGCGGACGUGCGCGCGCUCCAGGGGGCGUUUAUUGGGCGCCCGCUGUGUGCGCCGGACCAGCUGCCGGGAGGGCGAGCGAGAUCGAAGGCUGACGCGGUGCGAUGGCGGCCCCGUCUGAAGGCGACGCUGCCUCCCUGCUGCCGGACCUGCCCGGGGGACCCCUGCAGGCCUACCGCGCCCGCGCCUCCUUCUGCUGGAAGGAGCUGGCGCUCUUCCUGGAAGGCGAGGACAUGCUGCGCCUGAAGAAGAGCAUCUUCUCGGCCCUGGAGGACGACCCCCUGUUCGCCCGCUCCCACGGCCACGAGCUCUCCCUGGAGAAGCACCGAGAGCUGACCUUCCUCCGCUGCAAGUGGGUCUUGGGGCGCGCCCCCGUCCGCGUGGAGGACAUGGUGCGGAACCCGCUGUCGGUGCUGACGCUGAUCACCUGCCUGGGCACGUACGACUGGUCCCUGGCUCAGAAGUUCCUGCUGCACCUGCUGGUUUUUGGAUUCGCGAUUUACAAGUCUGGCUCUGAAAGACAUUUAGAAUACCUUCCCAAGAUCCUCAACAUGGAGAUUUUUGGAUGUUUUGCUGUGACUGAAGUAAGUCACGGGAGUAACGCCAAGGCCAUCAGAACGACCGCUCACUACGACCCCGCCACGGAGGAGUUCAUCCUCCAUUCCCCGGACUUCGAGGCCGCCAAAUUCUGGGUCGGCAACAUGGGCAAGACGGCCACCCACGCCGUGGUGUUUGCCCAGCUGUACACGCCCGGGGGCCGCUGCCACGGCCUGCAUUCCUUCUUGGUGCAGAUCCGGAACCCCAAGACCCUUCUUCCCAUGCCGGGGGUGAUGGUUGGCGACGUAGGGAAGAAGCUUGGGCUGAACGGCGUCGACAACGGAUUUGCCAUGUUCCACAAGGUGAGAAUUCCUCGCCAAGCCCUCCUGAACCAGACUGGAGACGUCACCCCCGAGGGUACCUACGUCACCCCCUUUAAGGACGCCAAGCAGCGCUUCGGGGCGUCCCUGAGCAACCUCUCCAUAGGUCGGGCCACCAUCGUGGCCAUGUCCGUCAUGAACUUAAAGCUGGCCGUUUCCAUAGCCCUUCGUUUCUCAGCCACGCGGCGUCAGUUCGGGCCGACAGACGAGGAGGAGGUACCGGUGCUCGAGUAUCAGAUGCAGCAAUGGCGCCUACUUCCCUACCUGGCGGCUGCGUAUGCCGUAGACCACUUUUCCAAAUGGCUCUUCCUGAACUUGGCGGAGUUUCACCAAGGCCUCAUGGGAACGGACCGCGGCACCAGGCAGGCAGAGCUCGGACGUGAGAUCCACGCCUUGGUGUCGGGCAGCAAGCCCCUGGCUUCGUGGACCGCGCAGCGGGGAAUUCAGGAAUGCCGGGAGGCGUGCGGAGGACACGGCUAUCUGGCGGUGAACCGCCUGGGCGACCUCAGGAACGAGAACGACCCCAACUGCACGUAUGAAGGGGACAACAACGUCCUGCUGCAGCAGACCAGCGGCUACUUGCUGGGCCUGCUGGAGCUCCGCCUCCAGGGUGGCGCUCGCCUUGAGAGCCCUCUGGGGACCGUGGACUUUCUGGAAGCCUAUCCCGACAUCCUCGACCAGAGGUUCUCGUGCCCCAGCGUCGCCGGCUGCUUGGAGUCGUCAGUCCCGCUGGCGGCAUACGAGUGGCUGGUCUGUUACCUGCUCCGAGAGAGUGUGCAGAAGGUAAACCAAGAGAAGAGAUCAGGAAGCAGUGACUUUGAAGCAAGAAACAACAGUCAGAUCUUCAUUGAAGGACCUUGUGGCAGCAUUUCAGUGAGCGGCAUGGCUGAAAAGGACGGAGAGGCCAGCUGGCCCAGCCUGGGUUCUGGGUCCAGCAGAGGUGGGGUGCCUGGGGAGAGCUGCUGAGCUGACCGGCCCUCAGAAGCUGGGGUGUAGCACGGGGAGCAGCCGUGAGGCCUGGAAGGGAGGUCAUGGCCCAAGAGCAGUCUGCAUUUUCCGCACCUGGUCUGGAUCACGGAGCAUUUUAAGAGCGAGCACUGGGUCGUUUCCUACAGCCGAGAGCUCUCACGGCCGGGGCUGGACGUUCACGUGUCCCAGAGAAGACGCCGUCUCUUCCCGUAUCAUGACUGGAGCAGCAGGACGGCGUGAGAAGAACGUGUCAGAGAACGCUGAUGCAGCCUCGACGCGGGACCAGCCUUCUUAAGGCAGGAAACCCAGAAGCUGUAGAAAAAAAAAAAAACUGUCAGAUCAGACUAUGUAAACUUUCACUAUUUCUAUAAACAGAAAUCAGGAGACAGACCACAGACUGGGGAAGCACGCACAGCAUGACCCACAGACAGCGUCCCCGUGAGGGAAAGGGCUCCCGGGCGGGGAACCAGCCGCUGGCCCGAGGCGGCAGGCACGACAGUUGCUUAACCUGAACCAGGGCCACACGGGUCGAAGGACAGUGACCGGCGGGUCACGGAGGGAGCGAACCUGCUGUGUCCUUGGGGGCAGACGCUGGCUGCUCUCGUGUCGUCCCAGCACGAGCUUGCCGGGACUCGGCGGGGGAGGCCGCCAGAGACCGCUGCCGUCCUGCUAACCCGCCACCUGCCCGCACACAGUGGGCUCUCGAAUAGUUGCGUUUAUUGCCUCUUUGAGCCGAGUAAUCCCCUCCCGGGCUCAAAGUGAGAAAAUGUGAACAGGUGGGCUGCAGAGACCCCCUCCCGGGGCCCCCCCGCCCCGCCCCGUCCAGAGCCGUCUGCCUCGCAAACGCAGGUGAGCUUUCCUACCCCGGCCACACACGGGCUCCUCGCAUAUUCUCGUCUCAUGCCGGCCUCUCUGAUGCGUAAGGAAAUCGAGGCCAAGAGAAACGCCCCGGCUCAGCUGUGCCGACGUCCACACCGGGACAGUUAGGAGUUAGUUUUUUGCCGGAAGUAUCCGUCGCUUGUUAACGUGCAGAUAUCCUCAGUGAUCAGAGCACAGCAGAAAUGAAUACCUGGACCCCGAUUGGUUUAUACGUCGCGGGGGUGGGGGCU